UCGAUUAUUAGGCUUGUGCCAAACUGCCUCUAUAAUAGCAAGGGGCUCCCGAAACGCUCCCCAGGGCGCGAUUCUUUUCGUCCCCUCUCGCAUCUCAUCCAUGACUUCCUCAUCUCUUCUCCCGCGAUUCGCCGCGGACGAGAUCCGCCGAACCCUAGAGGCCUCCUCCUCCUCCGCGUCCUAUUUCUCCGACGACUCCUUCGUCCCCGUCUUCCGCCCGGAUCCCUCGGCCUCCUCCGCUUCGGCUUCGGCUUCGGUGGCGGCCACUGCGGCCGACCGCGUCCGUAGCCUGUUCCACUCCGUGGAUGUCACCCUCUUCGGCGAUGCCCUCUUCACGCCCGUGAUCGAGCACCUCGGGUUCACCGAGGACGCGGACGACGACGGAGAUCUUACCUCCAUCUGCUGGGACUGCCUCGAGCUGGAGGACGCCGAGCCAGAUCUGCCGUUCGUGGCCUCCACCGCGGCGGACGAGUUCGAGUGGGAGGAGGUCGCGUCCGCGUCCGGUCCCGGCGGGGAGCCAACGGAGCCCGAGUGGGAGGUGCUCGGAGACGUGCCGCCGCCGGCCACCGCGGCCGACGCCGAGGAGGGGUUCGUGUACACCUCCGAUCGGGAGGCGUACGAGGUGCUCGUCGCCGGCGGGGAGGGUCUAUUCCUGAAGAACAAGCCGCGGGCGGCCAGAUCCGCCGUCGAGGCGCUCCCUUCUUCUGUUGUCGGCGCUGGUGAAGAAGGUGAGGGGGAGGAGUGCGCGGUGUGCAGGGACGGGGUUGCGGCCGGGCAGCGCGUGAAGAGGCUGCCUUGCUCGCACCUGUACCACGAGGAGUGCAUCGUGCCGUGGCUCCAGGUGCGCAACUCGUGCCCUCUCUGCCGCUUCGAGCUACCCACCGACGAUCCAGAGUACGAGACCUGGAAGGCCGGGCGAGCCGUGGCUGCCUGAAUGGACUGCGCGGUAACGGCAAGCUCUACUCGUAUGGUUUUAUAGAGUUGUGUGGUUUGAUUUGGAAUCGGUCGCUAUAAUUACAACGUUGUUACUCGGUUGGAUGAAAGAUAGCAUAGAGGUAGCUGCAGAGAUGGUUUUGCGCGUUCUGAUUGGUUUCCUUUUUUCUUCCAAAAUGGAUCCUAUGUUGUCUAAAUGUCAGAGAGUUUACAUACAUUAGUUACUAUAUACUGAUGUAUCUAUUCUAAAUUCAGAGAGAGUAGCUGUAUAUCCUGUUGCACCGGAUGAUUCUGUUGUUGGAUAUUCUGGGGAAAUGUUUGGCAUAUGGUGUUUGGUUGCGAUUCCCUGUUAAGUUAUAACAUGGAAUCAUAUUUCUGUCA